CAUUGGUCUAUAGCCAAAAAUUUUGUAGUCCAAAUUGUUUUCUGCGUAAUUGAAUAUGGAUAAUUCGUGGCGUUCAUACAUUUAUUAGAGAACACAGUGUGUGCAUUUCUUAUUAAUUGUGUGCAAUUUGGCUGGCCUACUCACACACGCACACACACACACACACGCAUAGGCAGUGGCAGUGGCAGAGGCAAGAAACUGUCACUGACACCAACUGCGCUGUCGCCCCGACCGACCGAUCGCCUGCCCUGGCAGUGUUUAAUAAUAAUCAUAAUUGCAACCCUCGUUGUUGUCUGUCGCAACGUCUAUACGUCUGUGUUGGCCCAUAAACAAUAACAAAAGAGCAGGAGCAACAAUUGAAGCACACACGCAUACGCACACUAACAACUAAACACACACACACAAUGUCGGAGCGUAAACGUUAUCACAAGGACAAUGCGCCCACCGACGAUAUUAUCACACUUAUCAACCUGGUGCGACAAAAUCCAGCACUGUACAACUACAAACUGCAGCCGAAUCAAAGGCGACGUCCGGAUAUACUCAGCGGCUGGCAGGAAGUCUCGCAGCAAAUGGGCAAUAAAUACAGCGUUCAGGAGGUGAGACGCAAGUGGAAGAAUCUGCGAGAUACGUACCAUCAAUAUCGCCGUCGUUCUCCCAAAUGCAUCGAGGGACGUCUGUCCAAGUGGCGUUAUGCGAAACCCUUGGAUUUCCUAUCCAAAGUCUAUCAGCCAAAGUUGAAGGCACAUCGCAAUGCAUUGGCUGCCAUGUUGCAGAUCAAGAAACAGCCGGAUGAUGACGAUGAUGAUGAGCACGAGCAUGACCAUGAUCACGAUCAUGAGCAUGAUCACGAUCAUGAUCAGCUAAUUGAUGAGGAUGUGCAUUCGGAUGGAACAACGACAGGUUUAUCAUCGGCACAUCAUCAUGGUAGCUCACAAAUCACAUUGGUUAGCGAUGAGGCUGAAACAUUUAUAUUAACCGCCUACGAGGAGAGUGUGGCAGAUGAUCAUCAUCAUCAUGGCCAUCAUCAGCAUCAUCAUCAUCAGCAUCAUCCACAUCCACAUCACACACAUCAUCCACAUCAUCAUCAUCAACAUGAUGGCAGCAUUUCCAGCAUUGAAUUGUCACAAAUCACACACGAUGAUGAUGAUGACGAUGAUGAUGAUGAUGGUGUUGUGGAUGAUGAGCUCGAUGAUGAUGUGGAUCAUCAUGGCCAGGUGGUGGAUAUUGUUAAGCAUGAACUGGACGAGGAUGGCGCCACCGCUGCCGAGGUGGACUACGAGGAGGUUUGCCUCUACGAGGAGGCAACCGGACAACACUGUGAAAUGGGCGUCGUCGAUGGUAGCUCGGAUGUGACUGACAGCAAGGGAUUCCAUUACAUUGAUGCGGAUGAUUUUUGCAUAGAGGAUAUGGAAACGGAGCAGGAUCAAGAAACGGAUCAGCAACAGCAACACCAACAACAAGAGACGGCAAUGGCAACGUCAACACGCACAACAACCUUAACAAUGCCACAUCAAUUGCGACAUCAUUUUGCCACAGCCACCGUGAGCAGUGCCACCAAUAGCGUCCUCUCCGGCGCUGCUGGCGGCGUCGGCACUGUCAUCACCGCCGACACAAAGCUCAAGAAUCUCACGCUGGUGACAACAACAGCGGCAGCGGCAGCGGCGGCGAAAGAGACAACAACAACAACGACGACAACAACACAACAAUUGGCACUUGUGGAUGUGACAGAGGCAACGAGCACAAGUGUCACCAUAUCCAGCACGCCAGCGGUUUCUUUAAAUGCCGUGAGCACCACAUUGCCAGUUAGCGUGGGCAUAGGAACGGCACUAGGAACAGAAAUGGGCACAGGAACAACAACUGGAGCAACUGCAACACAAACUUCCAAUUUCAGCACACCGGCUACCAUUUUGCAAUUGCCAGCUUUAAGUUGUAAUCUGACCCAAGCGGGAGUUGGAGCUACUUCCAAUUAUCUGGGCAAUAAUUCCACAUCCCCCGCCUCCGGCUCCUCCAUCAGCAUUGCCUCCAGCAGCACUUUGAUCAAAGAUGAUGAGCAGCAACAGCAGCAGCAACAACAGCAACAACAACAGCAGCAACAUUCGCCUAUCAAACGCGAUGAACUUGAUCUGUUUUUUGAUUUCCUCAAGAAGAAAAUGCAAUACUUUAGCAAAACGCAAAUUACGCAUAUUCAAAUGGAGUUUUUGAAUUGUGUCAGUCGGCAGGAAGUUGCCGCCGAAAUGGAUGCCAAGGAAUAGUCAACUAAUCCCCCCUCCCCCCAUUUUUCCCUCUCUCCUAACACCUCUUUUCACCCACGGAAUGUAUGGACAUUUUUUGUUUUUGCCAUUUUUUACACUCAAUUUUUCAAUUUGAAUUU